AUGUUCUCAACAGACACUCUCAGUCAGUUUGUCGAUGUGCUACAGUGCUGCUCCACCCAAGAUGCCGCCUGCCACAACCCCAUACUGCUUGUUCGCAGGGAGGGUGCCACAGUGACUCAGAUGAGCGACAAGCUGCUUCUCUGGCUGCCCUCCAACGUCGCCGCGCACCUGCGCAGCGAACUUUUCCUGAGUGACAGUGCAGAAGUGGCUUCCUUGCAGCGGUGCCCCGCUUUCUCAAAGGAGCUGAGGCUGCUCAGGAGUGCAGCGGCGGAAUGCGACACAGGGCCCGAAACCACGGCUGCUUCAGAAUCUCAGCGGGCGUCUAUAGUAGCGGGGUCAAGGGAAGACGAGAGUUUGCGCGUGCGGGCCACUACUGCUACGGCAGCACUUGCGGUGCUCUCGGUAGCACUGUGGCCUCUCGUGCAGGAUCCACAGGCGGCAAUCAGCACAACGAGCAGUUUUCCUGAGGCUUCUGCCGUGUUCCGGGUCGAGUGCGUGUGUGCCGUGCUGCUGCGCCUCGUUACAUCUAACUUCGACCGCCUUCAUGGUACCUGGGCCGCUCAUGAACUAGUCCCGGCCCCCUCGCUGAUCUCGAUGAGUACCGUGCGGCCACACGUUGUUGCAUCCCUCAAGAAGUGGAUGCAGUACUUUCUUGCCUUCUUUAUGGAUUGGGUGCAUCGCCUUCAGAGCUCGGUGACUCCGAUGCCGGGCAUCUCACGUCUCUCUACUAAGCAGCGGAGAGCUGCUGCUGUCGCCUCACAUCGCCAGACAGCGAAGUCAGUCGCAGAGUGCACCAGGAAUGGCGGGCCACACAGGUAUCGGAAAGGACAACCGACACUGCUGCCCGGCCCACUACGUGGCUGCCCAGCUGAUUUCCUGAGGCACCCGCUGCACUACUACGUGCAGGCGCUUCAGCGUGCUGUCGCCAUGAUUCAAAGCAAGCCUGGCGCCACGCCCUCGCUCUGCAGCGACGGUGACGAUCACGAGCCCUGCGUCGCCCCAGAGUUGUGCGCUGAGCACCAUAGGCGUGGCUCCUGUGCUUCGUCUGCUGUGUGUGCGAGGCGCCGACAUGGCGCGCCUCUCGCGCCGUGGGGAAUGGCGCGUAGGCGACGUAUCGAGGCGAGGGAUAGCAGUAGGAGUAGCAGUAAAAGUAGCAGCAACCGUGCUAUGUCUUCUUCUCCCACUGGAUCGCCGCUCCUCUUUCACGCAUUCUUGUCGCAGCACCAGCGACGGGCACCGGUCGCGCGACUGCCCAAACGUCACGCGCCAGAUCGCUUUGGUGCAUCGACUGACGACGAUGUGCCACUCGUAGUGCUCGCCGAGCGUUUGCGAGCGCGUACGCUGGAGUGA